GACAAAAAUUUCAGCAUCGUGAACUUCAUUCAGAAAUGAGUUCCACAGACACACAGAAUGCGUCCUCUUCUAAGGAAAAUGAGAGUAGUCAGAGAGAAAAAGAGCUUCUUGCUAUUCGUCUUCAAAGAGCAAUAAGAGAGAAAAAGAUAUCGGAGGCUAAGAAACUGUUGGAGGAGAAACCCGACAUACACUAUAAAGAUAAGAUUGGGUGUCAAUGUUUACAUUAUGCAGCACAAGAAGGCCUUCUAGAAAUUGUUAAAUUACUCCUAGAGGCAGGAGCGCAUGUGAACUGUUUUGAUCACAAUGGACAGUCACCCCUGCAUAAAGCUUCAUCCCGGGGACAUUUAGAUGUAGUUAUAAACCUGGUGGCCAAUGGCGCUCAAGUAGCAUCAUUAGAUUGGGAUAACCACACUCCAUUUGAGAAGGCAGUCCUGUCACGCUCUGUGGAUGUUGUCGAAUGGUUGCUUACGUUUGGUGCAGAACCGAACUUACAGGAUUGGACAUGGGUUAUGGACAUGAAAGAAAAGGAGAAGAAAAUUCAAGAGCUUAUAACAAACCACAUCCCCCUUGUUCCUGGUUACAAAUACGAGGGGAUAAAGUUUGAAGUGGUGUAUGUGAAACCUAACGAGGAUUGUGUCAUGGAGAAGUUGAAGCUGACACUGAAAGCGAUGGAUGCUCGAAAUCCCUUUAUUGUUUUCUGUCGAAAAAUGCAAUCGGAGUACACAGAGCUUAAAUCGCUGCUACAUGAUGAACAAAUACCCUACAGUGAUAUGUUUGAAAUUCGACAAUGGGGAGCAACUCGUAAGAACAUCACUUUGUCGUUACUUGUUGAAGGAGUUCCUAAAUGCAAUGAACAUUUAUCUGUUGUGUCACCUCAUGGGCAGAUUGGUCGUGUAGACAACUUCGUAAAGAACGAAGAAGAAAAUACGACAGAAGUAAUCAUAACAAUAAAAAUGAAUACCAAAGGAUCCACACAAUUCGCAAUUGUUAGCGUCUUCAAGAAAGAGACGUUUGCAAUAUCAAAAGAAGAAGUCGUCAUCCAACCGACCUCAGAACCCGAAGCAGAAAUCGAAAUUCCGAAGGGAACCUUUGAUAAAGCGGCAGAACUUCAACUAAAUGUGGUUGACACAAAAGAUGUGAAUGAGGACGAGGUAGAUGAGACUGGACCUCUUUUGAUGACAAAUGUAAUCGAUAUGUCGAUGAGUGAUGGACAGCAACCAAAAGAGGAGAUUGUGAUGAAAUUACCAAUCCAUCAGAAAGGUGGUGAAGAGGAGGAAAUGUGUGUUUUGGCUACCUCAGAGGAAUAUCCAGACGAUGCAGACGAUUGGGAGAUAAUUGAAGCUCAGAAAGAUCCAAAAGGAAAAGCUGCUGUUUUCAGGAUAAAACAUUUCUCUAUUUAUGCCGGUGCUAGCAAGAAAAAGGCUCUGGAGGAAAAACAAGAAGUUGUGGAAGCCAUUUCGCGUUCCAUUCGAAAGGAGAGGAAGGUUGAAUUUCGUGUUUACACACGACUGGAGCAAGAAAGAGGAAAAUUUCAAUUCAUCCUCGAGUGCUGGACACCAAAGAAGCUCAAAAAGAGCAAAUCAAAGUGGGAAAGUGAGGGUUGUGAAAUUGUGAAUGGUCCAGAGGGAACCUAUAUUAUAGAGGAAAAUCAAACUUUUAAGCUGUUGUUUAAAGGGAACUGCAGAAAAAUCUCCAGCGAAACAAGUAAAGAUAAGGAAGAUGAAGACGAGGACGAGGAUGGCGAUGAGAAUGACAAAAGAGAAAAUGAUAACGAGGGAGACGAUUCAGUUGCCAUGGAUUUUAUCGGCAAAAAAGGUUACGCGUACACCAUCGUUGAUAUGAUUGUUCUGAACACCAACAAACCAAAUGGACAGGUAACAAUUGAAAAAGAACAUCGCACAAUUGAGAAGGUAGAAGAAAUCAAGAUUGUUCCCGGAGGACUAUGUGGGGCAAAGGAGCAGAAAGAAAUUGUUGAUAAAGUGAAAUUCGAGUUUGAGAAACUUAUAGACUUUCCUUUAGGAGUCAAACUUCCUCCACCUCCAAAACCUUUGCGAGAACCCACAAGUUUACAAAUGGAGUCAUUCAUUGAGGAGGAGAAGAAGUUACAGGAAUUCAUUGAAAAAACAGACUUAGAACAUCCAAGCUUUGUGCCAGGAAUGGAUAUGAAAAAUCUUUCAUCAAUCGCCCUUCAGCUAUCCGAGGAGGAGGCCAGAAUAUUUGCAAAGAAUUUGGGAAUGUCAAACGAAUCUAUUGAAACAUAUAUGGACAUGCCUUUCGGAGCUGUAUGCAUGAUCAGACACUACCGAGGAAAACGUCCUCAUUUCUCACAAAAAUACAGAAUCAAAGACGCAUUGUUGGCUAUUGAUCGACAAGAUCUUGUGCCGUUGAUUAUUCCCCCGGAAGAGGAAAAAUCUGCAAAGUCGAUUCUUCCUGGUGAAGUCAUGGAAGAGAAAACUGAUAUACCGUCAAGUUCUCUGCAUGGUGAAGUCAUGGGGAAAGAAGACCCGGCUUAUCCUGAACAAGAUCCCCCUCAAACAAAUGAAAUAGAAAAGAAUGAGACGGAUGUAGUUGAAGAUGAAAUUACUGCAGGUGAUGAGUAGAUAAUUACAGACAAUGAAGAAAUAAUUGAACCUUUUGCUGUCUGAUUUACGUUUGCAUUUUGAACAUAAUGUAAUUGUCUUUUAUUACGAUUUCUUGUGUUUUAUAUUCAUUUUUAUCAAAACGAGCAUGCUUUUUAUAUCCGUCAAAUUUAUCAUGAAAAGUAAUAUAUUCAUCAUUAUAUAAGAUAAUGAACAGUAAAAUUGAUGUUGGU